AUGUGGCGUUUUCGGUAUGAGGAGCUCCCGGACUUUGAUAUGUACUGCAUCGACGCCGCCGGGGAUCACGUGGAUAUUGAUCGGCGGCAGGAUUUCGAAGGCCUCACCGCACCCUAUUGGGCGCGGCUGAAUCAAAUGCAUCAGGAGAAUCAGCGGAAUCACGCGGUAGAAAAUUCCAACGCCUCCGAGCAUUCCAGACCCUUGAACCACACCACGCAUGUUAGGCAUCCCACCGGGCAAGGGGGAGGGGGGGGAAAUCGGGAGGAUAGCGCGGAUGAUGGGCGUAGUACGGAGACGGUGAUCCGUCUUUACGUGCGCGACUCGUGUAGUUAUCGCCGGACCUAUCCACAGCCGCAGGAAUCCAUCGGCGGGGUCGGUUCCUUCACGCAUCCGUCUCGUUUCAGCACGGAUCGGGGGAAUAUGGCGUCGGAUUUUGCGAUUAGCGCCGUGGAGGUGCGGCUCGCGAGCACCGAGGAGAUGCCGAAACCCACGGAGCCGCGGCGGCGAUCCGUCUCCGGCCCCGCCGCCCCGCACCUGCGGGAUCGACUCCACAGCCGGGAGCACGCGGAGUUAGGCGAUCUUAGCCAUCUUCACAAAGCCGUGAGCGACGCCCAUGCCGGCCUCAACGACACCUUAACGUGCUCGCCGUCCUCGCAAAAACGCCGCUCCUUGAUGGAGGUGUUGAAGCGCGCGAAUGCCGCCUCGCCGAGCAACUCCUUCAGAAGAUGUGUGAAUAAUCAGCUGCAGUGGACGCGGAUGGCGGUUUUAGGCAAAGGCUCCUUCGGGACCGUCUACGAAGGCAUCACCACGGACGGGAAGCUCAUGGCGGUGAAGGUGCAGGAGCUCCCGAUGAACGACAACGCGGAUGAGAUUCGCGCGGUGCAAUCGGAGAUCAACCUGAUGUGCACCAUGACGCAUAAAAACAUCGUGGCGUACUACGGCUGUCAGGUGAACAAUCUCGGCAACGGAUCCCGCCAGAUGGAGAUUUUCUUAGAGCUUUGCCAUGGCGGGACGCUCGCGCAGAUGCGGCAGCGCUUUGAGCGGGCAAAGAAACCUUUCUCCAUCUCCCUCGUGCGCUCCUACACACGUCAGAUUCUCGAGGGCCUCUGUUACCUGCACAGCUGCAACGUCAUGCAUCGCGAUAUCAAGUGCGAUAACGUCCUCAUCUCCGCCACGGGCGAGGCCAAGCUGUCGGAUUUCGGCUGCAGCAAACGUAUCGGCGCCGCGACGAUCGCCGUGCGUACGGAUUUCGCGAAAGGAGGGGGAGGGGAAGGGCGUGGCAGGAACUCCGGGAGUUUCCCCAGCUCGGCGAGUGCGGCCGCGCACCAUUCCAUCGUCGGCUCCCCUCUUUUUAUGGCGCCGGAGGUGCUUCAGGCGAGCGGGGCCGAUGGCGGCGUCGGGGGGGGGAGUGGCGGCUACUCCAUGGCGGCCGACAUCUGGUCGGUGGGCUGCGUCGUGUUGGAGCUCCUCGGCCGGGAGCCGUGGAUCGUCUCCGGGCGAAACAUCUUCCAGCUGAUGUUUCACAUUUCACAGUCGAAAGGGCUCCCGAACGGGGUCCCCGCGCGUUGCCCGGCGGUGCUGUUGGAUUUCUUCCACAUGUGUUUUGAGCGCGACCCCACCCGGCGGUGGACCGCCGCGCAGCUCCUGAAGCACCCCUGGAUGGUCUGCCCUGAGAGCGAGCUCGAGGAGGUCCCAGCGGAUGAGGCUGCGGGAAAAUGAAAGGAAAAGAACGAACGAUCCCCUCCCCCCCGCCUCCCUCUCCCUCUCCCUCCCAUCCCCCUUUUCUUUGACGAAAUUCCACUUAAAAAAUAGACCUUCCUUUGUUCCUUUUCUGUGAAAAGGGCGAGGAAAAGAGGGGGGGAAGGGGGAGUUGAAGUAUGCUUUUUUCCCUUCCUUGCCUUUUAAGUUUUAUACUUAGGUGGUCGGGACGGGCGGGGGGGGGGGAGCUUGGCUUUCUUUUAUUGGAUCCCGGCGUUAAAAUUUUUGGUGACACACUGUCUUCUUUAUGCUUCGUGUUAUUAUUAUUAUUUAUUGUCAUUAUAGUAUUAUUUUUCUCACGAUCCCUUCUUUCAUUUUUUUGAAAAAUUAUAAAUGUGUCAAUUUCCAUUCCCCGCAUCCAUUUUGUAGAGAAACUAUAUCUACUAGACGAAAAAAAGCGUGUAUUAUAAGUUAUUGAAUUUAUGAGGACCUCUCGAGGAGAUAUGUACGAUGAUGGAGAACUCAGAACGGCUCUAGACUAUCUUUGUUCUACUUGGGUGAAGAUAUAGAGCCAUCUUUUCUUGCUGGAAAGCCUUUUGUGCUUUUUUUGUUUAGUUACGCUCACUUCAUCACCCUGCAACACGGUGAGGAGGAUAAGCUUUCACAGAAUGAGAUCAUCUACACUCUCACUCUGUAAGUGCAGCUCCUGAGAGGUAUCGAGCAUAUAAGCAAGUUAAUGAUCUGAGUGAAAAUCAUGUUUAA